ACCCCUGCAUUCUCCAAUCUCUUCCCUCCACCUCAUUGCUGAGGAACCCCAAACACGCUCCCCUAGAUGCUCCUGCCUCGCAAUGUCACUUCCCUUCACUCUGUAUCGAAGUAAACUGUUCCUUGGAUAAGGGGAGGCUGACGGGGGAGUCGAAUUUCGCGGUUAUUUUGACUGCCUCUAUCUCUCUCUCUCACCACGCACAGCCAUGGCUGCGCAUUUGCUCGCCUCCGCGUGCGCUGAUCUCCGCACGGGACCUGCUGCUGCUCUCCGUCCCGCAACCUCCAACGCUACUUAUUCCCUCUCCUCUAAACCCGUGAAUCAGCGUCGCCGCGCCAGCUUCGAUGGCGUUAACAACAGCAGCGCCAGCGGGAAUAGCAGCUUCUAUAAGGGAGCUUCUAGAAUGUCCCUUACCCUGCCUUCCCAGGCAGUACCAGAGGCGUCACCUAGUGUUCCUGCUGCUCCUAGCACUCCUAUCUGCCUCCAGUCCCCUUCUGCAUCUAGCUCCUCGAAUCGUUCCGCAGGGCCUAAAUCCGCAGGAGCGAAGACAGGUAGAUCUGGAACGGUAACAUCUGCGCUCGGAGGCAUGGGGGGAAUGCUCGGGGGGUUGUUUGGAGGAGGGGACCCCGCUGAGAAGACACGUCAGCAGUACGCGGACCGCGUGGCGGAUGUGAAUAAGCUGGAACCGGUGAUGCAGAAGAUGUCGGAUGAUCAGCUGCGAGCGAUGACCGUCGAUCUUAAGAAACGCGUGGCUGCUGGCGAAUCGCUGGACAGCGUGCUCCCUGAGGCCUUUGCUGUGGUGCGCGAGGCUUCCAAGCGCGUUCUCGGCCUCCGCCCUUUCGACGUGCAGCUCAUUGGCGGCAUGGUGCUGCACAAGGGGCAGAUUGCGGAAAUGAGGACGGGCGAGGGCAAGACGCUGGUGGCGGUGCUGCCGGCGUACCUCAACGCGCUCACAGGCCGGGGCGUGCACGUGGUGACUGUGAAUGACUACCUGGCCAGGCGUGAUGCGGAGUGGGUGGGGCAAGUGCACAAGUUCCUGGGGCUCUCCGUGGGGCUCAUCCAACAGGGCAUGGAUGCGGCGCAGCGGAGGGAAAGCUACGCAUGUGACGUGACGUAUGUCACCAACAGCGAGCUCGGAUUCGACUUCCUCCGAGAUAACCUUGCCACUUCCAAGGACGAGCUGGUGCUCCCCGACUUCCACUACUGUGUGAUCGACGAGGUGGACUCCAUCCUCAUCGACGAGGCGCGCACGCCGCUCAUCAUCUCGGGCCCGGCAGAGAAGCCCAGCGAGCGCUACUACAAGGCCGCCAAGCUGGCCAAUGCUUUUGUGCGCGACGUGCACUACACGGUGGACGAGAAGCAGAAGGCGGUGCUGCUGACAGAGGAGGGGUACGAGGAGGCGGAGACCCUCCUGGGAGUGCGGGACCUGUACGACCCGCGGGAGCAGUGGGCGUCGUACGUGAUCAACGCCAUCAAGGCCAAGGAGCUGUUCCUGAGGGACGUGCAGUACAUUGUGAAGAGCGGGGGGAUCCUCAUUGUGGACGAAUUCACGGGGCGAAUCAUGGAGGGCCGGCGGUGGAGCGAGGGGCUGCACCAGGCAGUGGAGGCGAAGGAGGGCCUCACCAUUCAGAACGAGACGGUCACCCUUGCAUCCAUCAGCUACCAGAACUUCUUCCUGCAGUAUCCCAAGCUGUGUGGCAUGACGGGUACAGCUGCCACGGAGGUGGCUGAGUUUACCAGCAUCUACAAGCUCACCGUCACUGAGAUCCCGACAAAUCGGCCAGCAGGGCGCAAGGACGAGUCCGACGUGGUGUUCCGAGCGGCAGACGGCAAGUGGCGGGCGGCGGUGGUGGAGGUUGCACGUAUGAACAAAAUGGGCCGCCCGGUGCUGGUGGGCACGACCAGUGUGGAGCUGAGCGAGGGGCUGUCGGCGCGGCUCCGGGAGGCGGGGGUGAAGCACCAGGUGCUCAACGCCAAGCCCGAGAACGUUGAGCGGGAAGCAGAAAUCGUGGCACAGAGUGGACGGCUGGGCGCUGUGACCAUUGCCACCAACAUGGCAGGGCGAGGUACCGACAUCCUACUGGGCGGCAAUGCGGAGUUCAUGGCUCGGCUGAAGCUGCGGGAGAUGCUCAUGCCCAGGGUCGUGCAGGCCAGUGACAACGAGAUCGCGUUUGAGGGCAAGAGGAAAAUUCCCACCAAGAAGACAUGGGCGGUCAACCCGGAGCUCUACCCCUGCCAGCUGUCGGAUGCCACGUCAGCGCUGCUGGCGUCAGCUGUGGAGGCAGCGGUGGCGUCGUGGGGCGUCAACUCGCUGCCCGCUCUUGAGGCUGAGGAUAGGCUGGCGUUUGCCUGUGAGAAGGGCCCCACCAACGACCCGGUGAUAGGGCAGCUGCGAGCAGCAUUCCAAGCCAUGGACGACGAGUACCGCGUGUACACAGAGGAGGAGAAGAAGAAGGUGAUUGCGGCUGGCGGGCUGCACGUCAUCGGCACCGAGAGGCACGAGUCCCGGCGCAUUGACAACCAGCUGCGGGGGCGCUCGGGCCGCCAAGGAGAUCCCGGCAGCUCGCGCUUCUUCCUCUCUCUUGAGGACAACAUCUUCCGCAUUUUCGGAGGGGACCGCAUCCAGGGCCUGAUGAAAGCAUUCCGCGUGGAGGACAUGCCCAUCGAGUCCAAGAUGCUCACCAAGGCUCUGGACGAGGCGCAGAGGAAGGUGGAGAACUACUUCUUCGACAUCCGCAAGCAGCUCUUCGAAUACGACCAGGUGCUGAACAGCCAGCGCGAUCGCGUGUACGCAGAGAGGAGGCGGGCGCUUGUGGCUGAGAGCCUGGAGGGGCAGAUGGUGGAGUAUGCGGAGCUCACCAUGGACGACAUCCUCGAGGCCAACAUUGAUGCCUCUCAGCCCAAGGAGGAGUGGAACCUGGAGGCCCUAGCUGCUAAAGUCAAGCAGUACUGCUACCUGCUCUCGGACCUCUCAGCGGAGUCCCUCGCGCCCCAUGCUGACUCCGUGGAUAACCUGCGAGAGUACCUCAGGAAGCGCGGCCGAGAGGUGUACUUCCAGAAGAAGGAAGAGGUGGAAAAGAUCAUUCCUGGCCUAAUGAAGGACGCCGAGCGCUACUUCGUUCUCUCCCAAACCGACAACCUGUGGAAGGAGCAUCUGCAGGCGCUCAAGUUUGCGCAGCAGGCGGUGGGGCUGCGGGGGUACGCGCAGAAGGACCCCCUCAUCGAGUACAAGCUCGAGGGCUACAACCUCUUCCUCUCCAUGAUGGCUCAGAUCCGCAGAAACGUCAUCUACUCCGUGUACCAGUUCAAGCCUGUUAUGGCGAAGCAGCCUGAGAUUGCCAACGCUGCAAAUGGUGGUGCAGCCGCUGCAGCUAUCCCUGCUGCUGCUGAGGCAUCCCAAGCAACAGAGUCUAAGGCAGCAGCAACAGCAUCAUCAGCAGCAGCAGAAACAGGAGCAACAGAAGCAGAAUAUGAGGGAGAGGGUGGGGGCGCAGCAGCUGCAGCAAGUGCUGGAGCAGGGCCCACGGGAGGGAGGGGUGGCCGGAGGGGCGGUCAAAAGAGCCGUCAGCGUGCAGGGAAGAAGGUUACUGCUAGGUCUAAAAGCUCAUAACUAAAAGUUGAUGCUAGGUCUGAAGCACAUAACAAAAACCUAGUUUGGUGUUACCUGUUGAUUACUAUGCCUAUUAUCCCUUGCGUGCUUUGGUUUCUGAGAAGUGCGUCCCGUUUGUCGAUUGUGUGCAUACCUACAAUUUUACUGGAGUGUCACGUUUGUUGUUUGUCGAUUGUGUGCAUACCUAAAAUAUUGGCGCAU